GCCGGCUGAUCUUGCUGGAGAAAGGGAGUGACUGAGGCCGGCGAGAGAAGAGACGAUGCUUUAAUCGCCUCUGCCUGAAGAACCUAGGAACUGGGAGAGACGCUAAGCUGCACCUCUGGGGCGGGUAACUGGGCCAGGGAGUUCCCCCAAAAGCCCUGAAGCCCCCUGCAGCACCUCUAAGGAACAUCCCCGAAGUUAGCAUCAGUGGGACUUGGCAGCUUGAAUCUCAACAGGCUUUUCUUCCCAGGCUGUGGAACUGACCCCCACCAGAUAAUGAUCAGUGGGGACAUGCAUGUUUGUCAGUACUUUAUUUUCCUUUGAUCCUCCUGUUGACACAGGCAACCACCUCAUUCUACAGCCAUGGCUGGUGACUCUAGGAACGCUAUGAAGCAGGACAUGGAGAUCGGAGUCACCUCCCGGGACCCUAAGAAGAUGCCCAAGCAAGCCCGUGACGACGCCCCCCUAGCCACAGACCGCACGCGCCUGCUGGCCGAGGGCAAGCGGCCACGCCAGCGCUACAUGGAGAAGAGUGGCAAGUGCAACGUGCACCACGGCAACGUGCGGGAGACCUACCGCUACCUGAGCGACCUCUUCACCACGCUGGUGGACCUCAAGUGGCGCUUCAACCUGCUCGUCUUCACCAUGGUCUACACCAUCACCUGGCUGUUCUUCGGCUUCAUCUGGUGGCUCAUCGCUUACAUCCGGGGCGAUCUGGACCACGUGGGCGACCAAGAGUGGAUCCCUUGCGUGGAGAACCUCAGCGGCUUCGUGUCUGCUUUCCUGUUCUCGAUUGAGACCGAAACUACCAUCGGGUACGGCUUCAGGGUCAUCACGGAGAAGUGUCCCGAGGGGAUCGUCCUCCUCCUGGUGCAGGCCAUCCUGGGCUCCAUCGUCAAUGCCUUCAUGGUGGGGUGCAUGUUCGUCAAGAUCAGCCAGCCCAAGAAGAGGGCGGAGACCCUCAUGUUCUCCAACCACGCGGUCAUCUCCAUGCGCGACGAGAAGCUGUGCUUCAUGUUCCGCGUGGGCGACCUCCGCAACUCGCACAUCGUGGAGGCCUCCAUCCGGGCCAAGCUCAUCAAGUCGAGGCAGACCAAAGAGGGGGAGUUCAUCCCCCUGAAUCAGACGGACAUUAACGUGGGUUUCGACACUGGGGACGACCGUCUCUUCCUGGUGUCCCCACUCAUCAUCUCCCAUGAGAUCAAUGAGAAGAGCCCCUUCUGGGAGAUGUCUCGGGCCCAGCUUCACCAGGAGGAGUUCGAGGUAGUGGUCAUUCUAGAAGGGAUGGUGGAAGCAACUGGCAUGACUUGUCAAGCACGGAGCUCUUAUAUGGAUACAGAGGUACUCUGGGGGCACCGAUUUACACCAGUCCUCACCUUAGAAAAGGGCUUCUAUGAAGUGGACUACAACACCUUCCAUGACACCUAUGAGACCAACACUCCUAGCUGUUGUGCCAAGGAGCUGGCAGAAAUGAAGCAGGAAGGCCGGCUCCUCCAGUACCUGCCCAGCCCUCCCUUGCUUGGAGGCUGUGCUGAGAUGGGGCAGGACGUAGAGCAGGAUGUGGAGGUUGAGCAGGAUGAAGAGGAUAAGGCUGAUGGCCUACAUGGAUCCUGGAAGACCAGGGGCUCAGUGUGAGGACUUGGUUUUCUCUUCAACCUCCCUUCGCUGGCUUCCCUGAGCACAGGUACUGCCGAGCCCAGGAGAGAGGAGGGGACUUAGCUGCGGGUGUGUUUGGAGGCACGGGAGCUGUCCAGGCCUCAUGAGGCGUCACCAUACAUCUAGUCCUCACAGCUCACAACCUAUGGCUUCUCAUGCAGUUGUCCUCCCAUCUGGGC